UACGUUGACUCCAAUUUGCUCCUGACUGGUCACUUCUCCGACGCUGCUAUCUUGGGUCAAGCAGGUGGUUCAUGGGCAUCCUCAUCUAAUUUUCAAGUCUCGCCGGAGGAACAAAGUGCUCUUACUCGAGGUUUUGAAGACCAAUCCACCGUUCAAGCUAGUGGGGUUCAUUUAGCUGGUGUCAAGUAUUUAACUUUACAAGCAAAUGAGCGAAGCAUUUAUGGAAGGAAAGGAGGUGCGGGAUGUAUCUGUGUGAAAACAAAGCAGGCUAUCAUUGUAGCCAUCUAUAAAGCCGGUGCCCAACCAGGCGAUGCAACCAAAUGUGUUGAACAAUUAGCAGAUUAUUUAAUCGGAACAGGAUUCUGA